AUGGAGAUUAUUUUUGUUAUUACCAUGAAUCCAAAUGCCUCGAAAGGCCAGAAAACCCCGGAAAUCAAUCUUGAUACCAUGUGGCCACCAAAACCAAAAUCUUAUUCUGCUCCGGUACAAAGUGGUGAGUCGUUUAAUGUGCUCCAUCUUGGUCAUAUUAAUCUUCAACCAGAUUAUGCUGUGGCUUCUGAAGCAAAUUGCUCACAAAGUUUGUGCUGUUCUCCUUGUUCUGCCAAUUUCAAUUGUCCUCCAGAAGGUUAUAGUAUGCAUGUUAGCGACACUAAAACCGGCGUAGCUUCAUUUUUCAACAGCAGCUAUUCACGGGGAAAGUUCGAAAAGGGAAACUACGUGGAUAUCUUCAACAAAGAUGCAUGGUGUCCCGCUCAUGAAUUUGGCACGUAUUUGUGUGAUGUGCCACCAGUUUUGUUGAACAACACUCUCCGCAAUAUUCGAGCCUUUCACGAAAAUCUGCUCGAUUUCGAAUUUGCAAUUGUCACUGGUUCGGCAAUUGACCAUAGAGACCGCCAGUUUCUCACCAAAAAUGACCACAUGAGCACGCAAGAUUUAGCUUAA